GGUGCUGACCAGGGCUGUUUGGCGCUCUGGCCGCUUCUACCAGACUGGAGAUUCCCCAUCGAAGGUUGCUGCCAAAUGAACGAAAGUUAAACCAGAGGCACGAUUUUUGGAAGCCAAGGAUAGGAGGCUCCCCGGACUAUAUUACCUAGAAAUGUAGAUCUGGCGGUUCUUGUGCAUGAGAUUCGAGAGCUGCUCGUAUCCUGGCCCCAUCGUGCUGAUCUGUCGUCAACGUGUCUUAGACGCACACGCUAGGGAGCAUAGGGGCGUUCUGGUUAUCGAGCUGAGCCAUACUUUACUCACUCCAGAUGCCGAUGGUCUAAUUUCCAUCGUGUCGUCUAUGUUUUGUCCCUGGCUGGAGAUUGGGCUGCACCGGGUGGUCAGUCCCGUUAGAGCCAUCCGUGGUAUGUGCGCACUGGCAAGCGGGCAGAUCUGCCAGCACACCCGAGAGAGAUCGCGCUAUUGUCUUUGGCCGGCACCAUCUCUAAAUUUAUCCGUUCCAGAAGGCUAUUAGGGUUGAAUGGGGAUAAAAUUGGCGGGAUUUACCGAGAUUCACACAGUUUGAUGAUGUAAGAAGUUUUAUGAACGGGUGAUGAAUACCUUGUUUGUUUUUAUAUUGAUCGAUGGAUUUGUCAGAUCAAAUCCGAGAG